UGCGGAGGGGGGGGCGAAGGGCUCCUGUUAGAAUUUAGGGGAAAGAGAAGAAAUCCCCAGCUGAAAACCACACCGAUUGUUAUUUUGAAGCACAUAAACCGGGAUAAGAGACUUUAACGGGCCCGGCGAAGGGGAAUCAGGUGACUUUCCCUCGGGGCUCCCCCCCCCACGGGCGCUCAUGGUGCUGGCGCCGCGGAAGGGAACUCGUUGGGGUCAAUUCAAGUCAUGCAGGCGGUAAAGAACGCGGGGUCUCGGCUCCUGUGGUCGUGGGCUUGGCCACCCACGAGCAGGAUAGUGGCCCGGGUGCCGGCCGCCACCAUCCACACGGGCGCCCAGCAGCUGCAGGACGCGGCGGCCAAGCAGAAGGUGGAGAAGAAGACGGCGGCCCCGGCUCCGGCUCCGGCUCCGGCUCCGGCGGCGACCCCGGCUCCGAGCAACAGCAGUUUCAGCAUUUACCCGCCAGUUCCCGGCCAGGAGAGCCCCCUGAGGUGGGCGGGGAAGAAAUUUGAGGAGAUCCCCAUCGCACACAUUAAGGCCUCCUACAACAACACCCAGAUCCAGGUCGUCUCUGCCGCCAACCAGCCCCUUGCCCGCACCUCCUGCGGCACCGAGGGGUUCAAGAACGCCAAGAAGGGCACGGGCAUCGCGGCACAGACAGCAGGCAUCGCUUGCGCAGCGAAAGCCACAGCGAAGGGCGUGACCCACAUCCGCGUGGUGGUGAAGGGCCUGGGGCCGGGGCGCUUGUCUGCCAUCCAGGGCCUGACCAUGGGGGGCCUGGAAGUGAUCUCCAUCACGGACAACACCCCCAUCCCGCACAACGGCUGCCGCCCCAAGAAGGCUCGCAGGCUCUGACGGGAUGAACCUGCACCUGAACCUGAACCUGAACCUGGCCGUCAGGCCCACCUCGAGACCUGCAGAAAGCACCCCCUCGGAGCGCCCUGCAGGGGGCUGUUGGCGAUGCUCAGCAGGAAGGGACAGCGCUGCCUCCUCGCGUGGCGCCUACUUCUGACUGGAGACCCGCGUGCCCAGGAGUGAGGCCGUCUUCUCUUGGACACAGGGGGGGCUGUGGCCCAGACCCCAACCAGUAACUGCUGCCCUGCCUAAAGCAAUAAAAGAUCUCUACCAUCUGAA